UUUCAAUUUCCUUACCUCUUUUCCCAAUUUAAAUGUCAACUUUCGAAAAACAUAACAAUAAAAAAAAUUUGUCGGCAAAAAAAAAAUAAAAAACAAACAAAUAAAAUUCGCUACGAAAAAACAAAAAAAAUUGUUCCAUAUAAGCAAAAUUCCGACUGCUUUCGAGAAGCAAAUGACUCACUUUGGUGUUCGACAUCUGCAAAUGCUCUUGCUCUUCGGCACAAUGUGUGUUGUGUAUGCGCUGCGCGUUAAUCUGUCGGUAGCGCUCGUUGUAAUGACAGAUAAGACGUCAAAUCCAGACUUCGAAGAAUACAAUUGGAAUGAACGUAUCAAGGGUUUGCUGCUGAGUUCCUUCUUCAUCGGUUAUGUCACCUCACAAGUACCUUCCGGCUAUUUAUCACGCAGAUGUGGUGGCAAAUUAUUGUUGCUCAUCAGUCUUGUCAGUUGUUCGUUGUUGGCCAUAUUAACGCCAUUAUGUGCAGCUAUCGGCAGCUGGCAGCUGGUGCUUGCUUCACGCAUAGUGCAGGGCGUAUUUCAGGGCACCGUAUUUCCCUCAACGCACACGAUACUCUCGCAAUGGUCACCGGUGGAAGAGCGCGGUCUAAUGAGUUCGUGCACAUAUUCGGGCUGUCAGUUUGGUACAUUCGUUAUGUUGGGUAGUAGUGGCGUAAUUGCUGCCUCACGUUUAGGUUGGCCCGGUAUUUUCUACCUAUCCGGCAGUGUGGGUUUAUUAUGGGCCGCUAUAUUCAAGUAUUUCGGUUGCAGUUCACCGAAAGAGUGUCGACAGCUAUCGGAGCGUGAACGCGAACUUAUAACUUCACAUUGGGGCACAUCGGAGUUGCAGUUUAGGCGCCGAUCAAUGCAUCCACCGUGGACAGAAUUCUUCAAAUCAUGUCCUUUUUGGGCUCUCAUGACUGUACACUGCACCAAUAAUUGGGGUCUGUGGACUUUGCUCACCUACAUGCCGGUCUAUGUGAAAAAUAUUUUAGAUAUGGAUAUUCAGAAUAAUGCACUCUCAUCCGCACUACCAUACUUUUCAAUGUGGGUACUCAGCUUUGUAUUUACGGCGUUGUCCAUGUGGUUUAAGAAGCGUCAAUGGAUGUCUUUAAAUACAAAUAGGAAGCUCUUUAACACCAUCGGUCAUGGUACACCGGCAAUAACGCUAAUUGCUCUCGGCUAUGUGAAUGCGGAUCAUGUAAUUGCUGCAGUCGCUUUACUUACGAUAACGGUUGGUGUUAGCUCGGCUUCGUAUUUGGGUUAUCAAAUCAAUCAUAUUGACUUAUCACCGAACUUCGCUGGUAUCCUCAUGGGCAUUUCGAAUUGUUUAGCCAACAUAACGGGAAUUGUGGCGCCACUAACAGUGGCAUUGAUAGUCACUAAUGAGAAAUCCGUUGAGCAAUGGCGUAUAGUGUUCUUUUUGGCCUCGUUCCUGUACAUUUUGGGCAAUAUGGUGUUUCUAAUUUUUGGUGAUUGUAACGUACAACCAUGGAAUGAUCCAGCUGAAUAGUUCUAACUAACUUUAUUCCACAUUGAUGUACCUUUUUACAUUACCUCUGUGGGAUCCAUAAGUGACUUUUAUAAACUAAGCAUUUAAAUUAGGUGUAAAUAAUCAUGUAUGUAUGUAUAAAUUAAUGUAAAUUUGUUUCUGUUGAAUAAAUACCUACUAGUGCAUAGAUCAUGGAUA